AUGUUGGCAUUGGUCGAGUCACCUAGAAAACCGGUCGUUGAAGGGACUAGUCCUUACCUGGCGAUCGACACUACGCCUCGCGCGCAAGUGACAAGUAGUGUACUAGAUCUUCCACCCAUGAAAUUGGGACACAAAAUAGGUUUUAGAUACCCAGGCACCGAAGAAGAUGACAUACUACUGGAAUCGCCAUCAAAGCCAAGCAGAAACAGAAGUUCGCCUCGUAUUAUCAGCAAUAUCGUCAUAGGUCAAUCUCCAGAACUGGUUUCGGAUGAGGAUACCCUUAGCGACAGCAGCAUCGGAACAAGCGGAUUGAUUAGUCCGACUAGUGAGCUUUCUCCUUUUUCGCCAAUUGUACCUGAAUCGAUUGCAGACAAGAAUGAUUCAAAGGCGAAUCUAUGUGACUCACCACCGAUCAAGGACUACUAUGGAAAAGGUACCCAUGAGGAAGAUGCCCUUAGCGAGAACAUGAUUGAUAUCCCGUUGAGAAUCUCUGGAGAUGACAUCCUACCAUUCUUUCAAAGUCCUCAAAAAAGAGGGCACGCGGCCGAUUCAAGGGUUCAUUCUUUGAAGAGAAGUUGUCGAGAAAUUGAGGUUGACAGCAUUCCACCAAAGUCAAUUCUCAAGCUUCCAAAGGGCCCGGAUGCUCUCAACUUUGUCGUAACAUCUACAAAUGGGUCAAUCAUUGACGCGACUAUUUUUGCCACGGAGAUCAACUCAUGUGUGGAGAAUAUUCCCCUACCAAAAAGUAUUUGGGAGAAAGUAACUAUUCCAGUCAACGUUCAAGUCAAAGAGAAUUUCAAAAGGGGUAAAGGCAAGAUGAUUGGAGGAUACUACGAUUUUGAAGAGGAUCCCAUAUCAGAUAAAGGUUUGGACAAUUGCGAAUCUAAUGAACCAGAAGAAGAUGCAGCAAUUAUCCGCGGUUACGAUUUUCACGAACAGGUACCAAGUUCAUCGGGCAGAGAUGGAGGGUUUAUAUCGAAAAAGAGGCGUGACAUUUUCAAGAAAAAGGUUCAAAAGAGAACCAAAAUAUUAAGGUGGGCUGAUUUUGUCUAA